CUUCGGGGGUUUCUGUCCACGCUGAGUGCCCUGCAGUAAGGCUUCCCUGAAGGGAGGGACUGCGGGCAUGGGGCUUCCCCAGACACUCCUGGGGCCCCACAUCAGAUGCACCCUCCAUGAUGCACAGCAGCUGCUCUCAGGUCCCUGCCUGACCUUCUUUGGGAGCACGUGCCCCUCCCUGGCUGUCUUUUGAGACUGGGGCUGAGGGCUCACCAGCGCCCAUCACAGGGCUUGACGAUGCACAGUGCACCGUACGUAGAUCAGGGCUCACCAGGCAGAUGGAGUAGGAGGGCCCUUGCGGCAGAGCGAGGGCCCGUGCGGAGGCCUGGGGGUGCGAGGCAUCCAUGGACGUCGGUGUGUGUGGCUGCGUGGAGAAGCCUCCCUGCAUCGCCCGCCCGUGUGGCACCCCGUGGGCGGAGGGAUGUGUGGGCUCCCCUGCAUCGCCCGCCCCUGUGGCACCCGGGGGGCAGAGGGAUGUGUGGGUGGCUGUGAAGAGCCCUGUUUCUGCCUGGCACACUGUCCAGUCACCGCAGAGUGACCAGCACAGGCUUGCCCUUCUCCCUUGGUCUCCAGGCCUGGUGGCAUUUCCAAGGGCAGACAGAGGUGCAGAGACCCCGUAGUCUCUGGGGCAACAUUGGCCGCUGAUCCUGAGGCCAGCCAGACCCUGCCCUUGCCUUCUGGGCUUUCGGCCUCCCUGUGACUGGUGAGGUGGCCUGUCUGGACAUCAAGAUCCUGCCCCAGCUGGGGGCUGGCCUUGGCUCUAGCUGCCUUGGCACUGGCUGCUGGGCUGCCCUAGGGGUCGAGGUGCACAGAGGCCCAUGGGAGGAACUUCUGGACACCCCCUGAGUCCCAGCUGGUGUGGUGAUUCCCCGGUGGCCUCGGGACCCACACCCUUUCACCUAUGAACUCCCUGGUGAGGCCAAGAGGAGGGAGCCCUACCCUUGCCAUGAGGUGCCUCCUGGCCCCAGGGCUGGGCAUCCUGGAAGGGGUAGGUGGGGACGGUGCUGGGGGCUGCAGCAGGUGAGCUGGGCAGCAUCCUGGAGGAGGUGGCAUUGAGCUGGGCGUGUGUGGAAGAAUCAGGGGCUGGGCCUGAAACCCAGGAUGGUGGGCACAGGUGCCUCCGUCUCCUGCUCUUGUCUCCCUGGGCCACUCGGCCUCACUGCACCCUGUCUGUUGCUGAGGGUCCCAGCGGGUGGGGGUGGAGAAGAUUGCAGACCCCUUGCUGGGCAGCCCUGCUGGUGGAUGGCGCACUGUGAACGGCAGGCAUUUAGGCACCCUCUCUGUGUUAUGUGCACAUUGAUCGUGGCCAGGGUGGGUGGGAAUGGAUUUAUAAUUAGACAACAGUCUGGGCAAUCAAUAGGGAGAUUAUUAGAACCAUAAAUAGAACUUUAGGAUUCAGAUGAGGUAAUUUCCCCUGAACCAGGGCAUCGAUCAUUAGCGUGGCCCUGGAAUGUUAAUGUUGCCUGUUAGACUCUAGAGUUAAAUACUUGUGGAGAGAUGCGCUGCAAAUCUCCACCACAGACCGUCAGCCACCCCUGGGCCGAGUGAGAUUGUUCCAAGGCGAACAUUGAUCUGGGGCGAGCGGGUGGGACAGGGGUGCUGUAGCCCUCUCUGUUACACGAUGUGGAGAGGAGGGGCGGGGCCCAGCCAUGGCACUUUGGCCUCGGCCGAGGCUUGGCAGGGGAUGCUGAAUGUGGCUGGGUCUGGCCAGAAGAGGCUGAUCCUUAGAGGGGUGGUGGGUGGUCCAGGGCUCCCAGGACCCCCUGCAGCCACAGGUGGGGCCUGGAACAUCCCACAUCUUGAGCAUCCAGAGACUCCUGGGCUAUGGAGCCGCCUGGCAGGGCUGUCCGGCGGUUCUUUCCUGGCUGUUGGGCCAGGCCCUGUGCCUGUCCCUGUGCCUGUCCCCCACCCCUCCUGGCCUGAGAGCUCUGGACAGUGGUCAUGGGGGCCACCCCAGUGCCCUGUCUGCACCACCAGAGGCUGUCAGGGUCCGGGACACGCUGCGAACCGUGGCGCGUUUCACACUGUGAACCAAGCUGCGAGACCGAGGCUGUGACCUUCAGGGCCCACAGUGGGCUGCAAGCGGCACAGUGGACGCCCACAGAGGGGCGGCCCGGUGGGCAGUGUGGGGUGCUGGAAGUGUUGGCGGUGGCCCAGAGGAGCUGGGGUGCCUCCGUACAUGGAGGUUGGGUGGCACCAGCUUGGGGGCUCCUGCCACCCCUGUGCCGGACUGCAGGGGCUCUGGAGGGUGUCCCAUGGUCCUCACAGCUGAGACAGGCCAGGCAGGGCCAGACCUUUCAACUCAGGGCUGUCCAGGCCCUAAGGCCCUUUGAGUGACGAGGCUGGAGCUUCUCGUGGGUGGGUGAAUCCGCCCCGUGGGGCUCUACAGGGUGGCACACAUCCACACCUGUGCAGGGGUGACACUGGCAACGGAGAGUUCAGCUCUGAGCCUCCUUGGCCGCUCCUCAGCCCCUCCUCCUCCCUUUCUCCCCCGACUUUUCAGCACAGAAUAGCACCCAGUGAAGCAUUUAUCUGGGGGGCUGGUGUCUUUCGCGGGCCAAAACCUUACAGAUGCGUUUAGGCUUGGAGGGCUCCUGAGAAGGGGGUUAGCUUGGCGUUUCCUAAACUGUGUUCCAUGGAACCCUGGUGUUCCCGAGGUCGCAGGUGCUCUCUGCUGGCCGCCUGGUGCCUGCUGUGGUUAGGAAGCUCCCACUGGGGUGGGUCCCGUGCGGCUAUGCUUGGGGCCCUUGGCUCUGCGCCCCUCGGCCUGACGCUCCCCUCUCUCCUGCCUUUCCUUCCGCUGCUGCUGUGGCGCCUCCAUCACACGUUCUGUUUGGCCGCCCGCCCCCCCUCUCUUCUGCCCCCGUGUUGUGGUCUUCCCUCUCGCCGUCCUCCCCCGCCCCCGGCUCUCGCUUUGCCAGACGGCUUCUUUUGGCAUGCCCGGGCUCUGCUUCCGGCAGGAAUUGGCAGUGGCCGUCCCGGCGGAUGGGGCGGUGUCCCGGCAGCGCGUGGGACGGUGGAGCCGAGGCGCGUGCCGGACUCCUGAGACAGGCCGAGGCAGCGGUGGCGGCCGUGGCGGUGGCAGACACGGUCCGAGAAGGCCCCCCCGUGGCGGGCCCUGAUGGUUUGUCGAAGGCCUGGGGCCGUGGUGGGGCCUGCACAUCUGCUCUGGUCACCCCCACCCCAGGCUCGGUGGGGGGCUCCACAGGCCCCUCAGCUGCAGCCUCCUUCUUCAUAAGGGCUGUGCAGAAGCUCAGCUUGGCCUCCAAGCGGAAGAAGCCCCACCCGCCACCACCUCCAGCCACCCGCGGCGCCUCCACCUACCCCACCGACUUCAGUGGGGUCCUGCAGCUGUGGCCGCCCCCGGCGCCCCCCUGCCUGCUCAGGGCUGCCUCCAAGACCAAGGACAACCCUGGCAGCAUCGGGAAGGUGAAGGUUAUGCUUCGGAUCUGGCCCGCACAGGGGGCCCAGCGUUCGGCCGAGGCCAUGUCCUUCCUGAAGGUGGACCCUCGGAAGAAGCAGGUGAUCCUCUAUGAUCCCACCGCCGGUCCCCCAGGCAGCGCAGGCCCCCGGCGAGCCGCCACUGCUGCAGUUCCCAAGAUGUUUGCCUUCGAUGCCGUCUUCCCCCAGGACUCCGAGCAGGCCGAAGUCUGCUCGGGGACCGUGGCCGACGUGCUCCAGUCGGUGGUCAGCGGGGCUGAUGGCUGCAUUUUUUCCUUUGGCCACAUGAGCCUGGGCAAGUCGUACACCAUGAUCGGGAAGGACAGCUCGCCGCAGAGCCUGGGCAUCGUGCCCUGCGCCAUCUCCUGGCUCUUCAGGCUCAUCGAGGAGCGUAGGGAGAGGAUGGGCACCCGCUUCUCCGUCCGGGUCUCAGCUGUGGAGGUGUGCGGGCGUGACCAGAGCCUGCGGGACCUGCUGGCCGAGGUGGCCCCUGGCAGCCUCCAGGACGCCCAGUCUCCGGGAGUGUACCUGCGGGAGGACCCCGUGUGUGGGGCACAGCUCCAGAACCAGAGCGAGCUGCGGGCGCCCACGGCCGAGAAGGCGGCCUUCUACCUGGAUGCGGCCCUGGCGGCCCGCAGCACCAGCCGAGCGGGCUGCAGUGAGGACGCCCGACGCAGCUCCCACAUGUUGUUCACACUGCACGUCUACCAGUACCGAAUGGAGAAGUGCGGCCGGGGAGGAAUGUCCGGAGGCCGCAGCCGCCUGCACCUCAUCGACCUGGGCAGCUGUGAGGCGGCAUCUGGCAGGGCCGGGGAGGCUGCUGGGGGUCCCCUGUGUCUGUCCCUGUCGGCCCUGGGCAGCGUCAUCUUGGCCCUGGUCAAUGGAGCCAAGCAUGUGCCGUACCGGGACCACAGGCUCACCAUGCUGCUGCGUGAGUCCCUGGCCACCGCCGGCUGCCGCACCACCAUGAUUGCCCACGUGUCGGACGCACCGGCGCAGCACGCGGAGACACUCAGCACCGUGCAGCUCGCCGCCCGCAUCCACCGCUUGCGCAGGAAGAAGGCCAAGUACGCCUCCAGCUCCUCUGGCGGGGAGAGCUCCUGCGAGGAAGGCCGGGCCCGUCGGCCCCCGCACCUGCGGCCCUUCCACCCACGCACUGUGGCGCUGGACCCCGACCGCAUGCCCCCCUGCCUGCCCGGCGACCCCGAUUACUCCUCCAGCAGCGAGCAGUCCUGUGACACGGUCAUCUACGUGGGGCCUGGUGGAGCAGCGCUGUCAGACCGGGAGCUCACCGACAAUGAAGGUCCGCCUGACUUCGUGCCCAUCAUCCCUGCCCUGAGCCGCCACCGGCCCUCCAAGGGCCCCCGAGACGCAGACCACUUCCGCUGCAGCACCUUCGCGGAGCUGCAGGAGCGGCUGGAAUGCAUGGACGGCAGUGAGGGUCCCUCAGGAGGUCCAGGUGGCACCGAUGGAGCUCAGGCCAGCCCUGCCCGUGGGGGCCGGAAGCCCUCGCCACCGGAGGCUGCGUCCCCCAGGAAGGCCGUGGGCACCCCGAUGGCUGCCAGCACCCCUCGAGGCAGCUCUGGCCCAGACACCCCCCAGAGUGCCCCUGAGCCCUGCAAGGCCACUGUCUGGGGUGACCAGAGAGAGGAUGGCAGCGCUUGGCCCCAGCUGGUGGUCCCGGAAAAGGCCGCAGUGGUUGGAGGCAGGAGGCCAUUGCCCAGCCCGGCUCCCCCACCCCCUCAGUUGCUGGAAGCCUGCAGAGCCCCAGAGGAGCCUGGGGGAGAGGGCACUGAUGGAGUGGCACGGACCCCUCCCGUGGGCAUGAGUGGGCAGGUGGCUGGGUCCCCGAUGAUUCCUGGGGCCACCUGCCCCCGCCUGGCUGCUGGCAGUCGCUGUCCGGAGCGGGGCCUGCUCACCACCACGGUGACCCUGCAGCGGCCUGUGGAGCUCAACGGCGAGGACGAGCUGGUGUUCACGGUGGUGGAGGAGCUGUCCCUGGGAGGGCUUGCUGGAGCUGGGCGGCCCACCAGCCUGGCUAGCUUCGACAGCGACUGCUCCCUGCGGGCCUUGGCCUCGGGAUCCCGGCCGGUCAGCAUCAUUAGCAGCAUCAACGAUGAGUUCGACGCCUAUACCUCUCAGGCCCCUGAGGGGGGACCCCUGGAGGGGGCGGCCUGGGCCGGCAGCAGUCACGGCUCCUCCAUCAGCUCCUGGCUCAGCGAGGUCAGCAUCUGUACUGCCGACAGCCGUGGCCCCACGCCGCAGCCCCCCUUCAGCCCCGACUCGCUGGCAGGGCUUGACCCUGGGGGCCCCCCUGCACUGGAUGGUUCCUUGGGGGAUGGCAGCUCUGGGUUCCUGGAGCCAGACAGACCUGACAGUCCCGGGCCACCCUGGGGUCCGUGCCCUGGGGAAGUGGCUGCAGUGGCCCCAUCCCGACCCAGCAGGGAGCCCCAGGCCGGGCCCUCGCGGGGGGCAUCCGCAGCACAGACCAUCCACUCCAGCCUCCCCCGGAAACUGAGGACUGCCUCUGCCACCACCCGUGUGGGCUGCACUCGCCCGGGCCAGAGCCCACCUGGCCGUGGAGGCAUCUUUGAGGACCCGUGGCUGCUCCGGACAGGGGAGUGUGAUGUCCAGGCAGCUUUUGCCGGCAGGGCCCCCAGCCCCACACUUGGCUCCCCCCGGCUGCCUGAGGCCCAGGCGAUGCUAGCCUGUGCCCAGAGAGUGGUGGACGGGUGUGAGGUGGCAGCCAGGGCGGCCCGCAGGCCAGAGGCUGUGGCUCGGAUCCCACCACUGCGCAGGGGUGCCACCACGCUGGGUGUGACAGUGCCAGCUGCGUCCUGGGGGGAUGCUCCGGCAGAGGUGGUGGCCUGCUCGGGCAGCCUGAAGGCCUCCCCCACCAGCAAGAAGAGUCUGGCUCCCAAGGGGGGCUUCCUCCCGAGGCCCAGUGGGGCGGCCCCCCCGGCCCCACCCAUGAGAAAGUCCAGCCUGGAGCACAGGAGCAGCCCGGCCUUGGCGCCUCCCCAUGCUGUGAACCUGCCACGUGCCGGGGCUGCUGCCGUCCUUCGAGGGGAGGAGGAGCCCAGGCCCGGCAGCCGGGCUGACCACUCUGUCCCCAGGGCCACGUCCAGCCUGAAGGCCCGGGCCAGCAAGGUAGAAGCGGCACAUCGUCUUGCCGGCCACGCAUCUCUGGAGCGGUACGAAGGCCUGGCGCACAGCAGCAGCAAGGGCCGGGAAGCCCCUGGGCGGCCUCCCCGAGCCGUACCCAAGCUGGGUGUGCCACCGUCCAGCCCCACACACAGUCCAGCUCCUGCCUGUAGGAGCGGCGCAGCCAAGGCUGUGGGGGCCCCCAAGCCCCCUGCAGGUGGAGGCAAGGGCCGUAGCCUAGUGGCUGGCGGGUCGCGGGCUCUGGGGCCUUCGGGGAAGCUGUCGGCGGGUUCUGUGCCGGGCCGGAGCCCUGGCGGCCCUGUGGCCGGUCCCAGAGCAGCCCCACGGGCCGGGCCCAGUGUCGGGGCCAAGGCCGGCCGGGGUACCAUCAUGGGCACCAAGCAGGCGCUCCGGGCUGCUCACAGCCGCGUCCAUGAGCUGUCGGCCAGUGGAGCCCCGGGCCGAGGUGGCUCCUCUUGGGGCUCAGCGGACUCGGACAGCGGCCACGACAGCGGUGUGAAUGUUGGGGAGGAGCGGCCACCCCCAGGCCCAGCCUUGCCUUCACCCUACAGCAAGGUGACCGCCCCGCGGCGGCCCCAGCGCUACAGCAGCGGCCAUGGCAGUGACAACAGCAGCGUGCUGAGUGGAGAGCUGCCGCCCGCCAUGGGCCGCACUGCCCUUUUCCACCACAGUGGUGGCAGUAGCGGCUAUGAGAGUCUGCGGCGUGACAGCGAGGCCACUGGCAGCGCCUCCUCUGCCCCUGACUCCAUGAGCGAGAGUGGGGCUGCCUCCCCAGGUGCCCGCACCCGCAGCCUCAAGUCCCCCAAGAAGAGGGCCACAGGUCUGCAGCGGCGGCGCCUCAUUCCCGCCCCACUGCCCGACUCUUCUGCCCUGGGCCGCAAGCCCAGCCUCCCCGGGCAGUGGGUGGACCUGCCCCCGCCCCUGGCCGGCUCCCUGAAGGAGCCGUUUGAGAUCAAGGUGUAUGAGAUUGACGACGUGGAGCGCCUUCAGCGGCCCCGCCCCACCCCGAGGGAGGCCCCCACCCAGCCCUCCCAGGACACGAAGGGUCUGGCGUGUGUCAGUACAAGGCUGCGGUUGGUAGAGCGCAGGCAGCAGCGGCUACGGGAGGUGCAGGCCAAGCACGAGCACUUGUGUGAGGAGCUGGCCGAGACCCAGGGCCGGCUGAUGCUGGAGCCUGGCCGCUGGCUGGAGCAGUUUGAGGUGGACCCGGAGCUGGAGCCUGAGUCGGCCGAGUACCUGGCGGCCCUGGAGCGAGCCACGGCAGCCCUGGAGCAGUGCGUGAACCUGUGCAAGGCGCACGUCAUGAUGGUCACCUGCUUCGACAUCAGCGUUGCAGCCAGUGCUGCCGUCCCGGGGACGCAGGAGGUGGACGUCUGAGGCUGGGCACCAGACAGGAUGGGGUGUGCAGGGGGCUGGAGGACGGGACGUGGGAUGGAGCGAGGAUGUGGUGGGGGCUGUAGGAGGAGGAUGCGGAGGGGUUUAUGUGCAGGACGGGAGUCUCGGAGAGGAGACGGAGGGCGGGCCGGCCACGCGGUGGACAGAGCGAGGGUGCCAGAGUGACCAGAAGACCGUCACCACCCAACAGCAACGCAAGUGCCUUUGACCUUGAUUUGGACUUUUCUCCCUUUUGCAUUUGGUGCUACAGACUUGAGACACCAGCAGAAGUUGUGUUCAGCCCGGCCCCGCUGCGCCUGUCUGGCCUGGGGCUGGCGCCGUUGUGUUUGCGUCCGUCUUGCCUUCUUUGCAACCAAGCAGUUUUUGUGGAGCGGGACUUACCUGCAUGCCCCAGGGGUCUUUCAGGAUUCAGGAUGACUUUUCUUUUACAAUGGUUUCCUCUCGGCAGAGCCCGGGUUGUGGGGUUCUCAACGCAGAUCCAUCCCGGGGUCUCUUGGGCAGGGACGGCUGACCUCGAGUCCCCUCCCUUCCCGAGAACCUGCUCUGUCCUGAGGGCGGCUAACAAGGGCUGAGCCCCAGGCACAGGUUGCCUCUUCCACGGCAGGAAUUUUUACCAAAACCACAAGCAAAAAACAAAACAGACCACCAUGACCAACAACAGAGAUGGGGGAUAGGGUUUUGUAAAGGUUCUGUUAGGUUCAUAUUUUUAUAUCAUUUUGCUCAUAAAUGCGGAAUUUGCCGUGGGAAUUUGAAGACAAAUGAUCUAUGUUUUUAUGGUUUUCUAGGGAAGGUGUCCUGGGGGCCAGGCUGUCUCCAGCUGUGGGAGGCCUGCUCCCUGUGGGGGGCACCCUGAGCAGGGUGGGGGGCCUUGGGAGGCACUUCUUGCCGAGUGCAGACGAGGGAUGAUCCUGCCAGUGUUUGCGACGUCCCCGCACGACAGGCUCAUACUUUCUGAGGAUCGUGCAUAGUAUAGGGCGUCUGAACCUUUGUACAAAUGUGUAGAUGACAUCUUGCUACAGCUUUUAUUUGUGAAUUAAAGAUGCAUCGGUGGUUCCCA